ACCACCACCGCGAACCACGCAUCAGCAUCAGCAUCAUCCCCAACGCUCUCCUCGUCUGCAACGCCAAUCGCCCCGCGGCUCCGCUUCGCCCCCUCACCCACAGGCCACCUGCACCUCGGUGGACUCCGUACUGCCCUCUUCAAUCACCUCUUCGCACGGCGCUACAAUGGCUCCUGGAUACUCCGCAUAGAGGAUACGGACCAGUCUCGCUUGGUCCCUGGUGCGACGGAUGCGUUGCAGGAGGUCUUGGAGUGGUGUGGGUUGGAUUGGGACGAAGGACCCGGACGCACAGGUGGAAGCUGUGGGCCGUGGAUUCAGAGUGAGAGGCUAGAAAUCCAUAGACAGUACGCUGAAAAGCUUAUUGCGACGGGAAAGGCAUAUCGAGAUUUCAGGACCGAAGGAUUCGCCGACUCGGCUGGGAGUGAUGCUGCUGGACCUAGUAGGCAGAGAGGAAGGGGGCCACGCAUCGUUGCAGCAGACGACUACGUGCCGCCAGAUGAAGAUGAAGCUCGAGCGCUGAUACGAGACGGGCGCAGCUUUGUUGUACGAUUCAAGAUGCCGUCCGCACCUUUGACGCACAGCGACCUGGUCUACGGUCCUCUCAACUUCCCAGCCGACGUGGGUGCAAGUGAUCCGAUCCUCCUCAAAUCCGACGGUUGGCCAACAUACCACCUCGCAAACGUGGUCGACGACCAUCUCAUGGGUGUAACGCACGUCCUACGCGGAGAAGAGUGGCUUCCCUCUGUGCCCAAGCAUCUGGCCCUGUACGAGGCCCUCGGACUCGCCCCGCCCGUUUUCGCGCACCUACCCUUGCUUGUGAACAAGGACGGCUCCAAGCUCUCCAAACGCAGUGGGGACGUGCACGUCGCCGCCUACCGUGCUGCGGGUUGGGAGCCCGAAGCCCUAGUCAACUGGGUCGCCCUUCUCGGGUACAACCACCAUGGGCAAGGACCGGCGCGCUUAGAGGGGAACAGGAACGAGGAUGGCGAGGUGCUCAGCAUGCAAGAUCUCAUAGCCUCCUUCGACCCCAAGCGGAUAUCGCACAGUCGCGCCACACCCGAUGCCGGGAAGUUGGCCUUUCUCAACAGGAGACACCUC